AUGUCGCUUUUAGACGACUUUAUUGAAUCCUCAGAAGCAGCACAUGGAACUUCCACAGUUCAAUAUGGAGCAGAUACCUUUACUUCUACAACAAACGGGUUCGAUGGACAAGAUAAUAUUCGGUUGGAAACAGGCUAUGUCUCCACAGGAUUUGGUCAAGUAGAAGAGCCCAUCUUUGGCAUCGAUUAUGUUCAAUUUCAAAUGCCUGCAAAGCUGGUGGAUAUGGCAGUUUCAAACAACAUUUUGAUUGUUGCACUUGAUACAUAUCGAUUGCUGAGGAUUGAUUUGGAUAAUCCCUUAGAGGUUGAAGAAAUUGAGAUUGUUCGCAAGCCAAGCGAUGGCAAGGUCAAGCAGAUAUUCUUUGAUCCAACUGGCAGACAUUUAAUCAUCACCACCGAUCAUGGAGAGAAUUACUACUUGUAUGAGAAAUGGAGGAGAACAAAGCCUUUGCCUAAAUUCAAGGGGGUCAUCAUCACUUCUAUUGCUUGGAAUAAACAAGCUACAUUAACAGAUCCAUCCACGCGCGAAAUCUUGAUAGGUACAAAGAACGGCCUCAUCUACGAAACAUGCUUGGAACCAGCAGAUGAAUACUUUAAAAAGGAGGAGAAAUAUUUCAAGCAAGUAUACUCCAUUCAUGAAUCAACAAUGCCAAUCACCGGCCUCUACUUUGAACAGUUUCCAGUCAACAAUCGAAAGUACUUUGUCAUGGCCACCACCACCACUCGCAUCUAUCAAUUUAUAGGCUUUGUGGGUCCCAACGCUACAAAUGGAACUCAUUCUCCUAGCCUUGGAAAUGGUGAUGUGGUGGAGGAAAGGGGCGAAAAGGCCAUGUUUGAAAAGCUGUUUUCCAAAUAUGAUGUGAACCCAGGAUACCAGGAGUUGCCUGGCGAGUUGCCGCACAGUGAACUGCAUUUCUUUAGUCGAUUCCAUGAAUUGCAGCAGCAAGGCAUCGCAGAGUCGUUUGCAUGGCUCACAGGUCCUGGUAUUUAUCAUGGUGCUCUUGUGUACGGUUCUCAGAAUGUGGGUGAUAGUGUGGUGGAUGAUGUCCAGCUGCUGCAAUAUCCUGCUACACCAUCAGACGACGACUCUGGCAAAUUGGUUACUGAAAUUCCCAUCUCCGUUGCAUUGACAGAGUUUCAUUUUGUAUUACUGUACAAGGAUCGUGUCCGAGCCAUCUGUCAAUUGAAUGAUCAGAUUGUAUACGAAGAAAUGAUCCCCAUGGGACAUGACGAGACAGUGAUCAAUAUGACUGUAGACGACAUUAAAAAGACAUUCUGGGUAUACACUACAUUGGCCAUGUAUGAGCUCACUAUCAACAACGAGGAGCGCGAUGUCUGGAAGCUUUACUUGGAAAAGAAGAGAUACAAUUCAGCAUUGCGUUACUGUAAGGAUCCAGCACAAAAGGACAAGGUGUUUACAGCCCAAGCCAAGGAUUACUUUGGACAACGACGCUUCAAGAUGAGCGCUGAAAUCUUUGCCGACAGCACAGUUCCGUUUGAAGAGGUGACACUCAUGUUUGUGGAGAAGGGAGAAGUGGAUGCACUGAGGGUGUACUUGUCAAGUAAACUGAGUCGAUUACGAAAGAACGAUCAGGCACAAAAGACUAUGCUUGCUACAUGGUUGGUCGAAAUAUACCUCUCCAAGUUGAAUGAGCUGGAGGACCUAGCGUCCUCUGCACAUUGCUCUCCUAUACCAAACGAGGCCACCAGCUUGACACCAAAUACCGAAGCCUACUUUUUGGAACAGUUGGAUGAAGUGCGUGAUGAGUUCAAGACAUUCCUAGAAACAUACAGCGGUAACUUGCAUCGUCCUACCACGUACAAGUUGAUUGCUAGCCAAGGACGCAACGACGAGUUUCUGUUUUUUGCCUCCUUGAUUGGAGAUUACGAUAAAGUGAUUAGCCACUGGAUUACGGAAAAGAACUGGACCAAAGCACUUGCAGUCCUCUCAAAAGAAGCAGAUCCUGAUGUAUUUUACAAGUUCUCACCCGUGUUGAUGGAGAAUGACCCUUAUGAAACAGUCAAUGUUUGGAUGAGACAGAGCAAUCUUAACCCCAGACAACUGAUCCCUGCCUUGUUGAGGUAUGAUCACAAGAAAUUAGUCGAGAAAUCCACGCAAAAUCAGGCUAUACGUUAUUUGUCACACGUUGUUACGUCUUUGAAUAACACAGAUCCUGCUAUCCACAAUUUCCUGCUCACUCUUUAUGCUACUCAAAAGACAACAGAUGAAACAGCAUUAUUAACAUUUUUGAAAAAUGAGGGCCGAGAAAUGCAUUACAACCUCGAUUAUGCACUUCGCUUAUGUACUCAAAACGGAAGAACUCAGAGCUGUGUUCACAUUUACAGCCAAAUGGGGCUCUACGAAGAAGCUGUUAACUUGGCGUUAAAGAAUCAUGACGUUGAACUUGCACGUAUUAACGCAGAUAAACCGGAAGAAGAUGAUGUCCUCCGAAAGAAGCUCUGGCUUACUAUUGCGAAACAUGUCGUUCAGGAUAAUAAAGACAUUAAGUCUGCGCUAGAAUUUCUCAAGCAAAGCAACCUGCUCAAAAUCGAAGAUAUCCUGCCAUUCUUUCCCGAUUUUGUACUGAUAGACGACUUUAAGGAAGAGAUUUGCGAUGCCUUGGAAAAAUACAAUGAUACAAUCGAUGACAUUAAAAUAGAAAUGGACGAAGCCACUAAAAGUGGAGACAGUAUCCGAUUAGAUAUUCGAGAGCUGAGAAGCAGAUUUGCUCUUGUCAACGCCGCUGAUCAAUGUUACUGCUGUCAGUAUCCUCUCUACAUGCGAGCAUUUUACAUGUUUCCAUGCCAACAUGGUUUCCAUGGUGAUUGCCUUUUGGACAAGAUGUACAAGGUCUUACCUGCUCGACACAUGAAGCGUGUCAAAAUCAUUCAAGACUCAAUUGCCAAGGAGACUAAUGGUAAUUCAUCUCGUAAUGGCAGUUCCAAAUCACCUAUUGGUGCAACCACUACUCGAUUCAUGAACACGGCUAAAAAUGUAAUAUUCCCAUCGGAUGCAGUCCAUGAAGAAAGCAAGAUUGAUCCUGACUUGACCAUGGGUAAAAUUGAGCAACUGCGUGAGGAACUGGAUGAUAUCGUAGCAAGUGAAUGUGUAUUGUGUGGCGAUAUCAUGAUCAAGUCGAUUGAUCAACCGUUUAUUGGUGAUGAAGAGAUAGAUGUUGCUUCAAGUUGGGCCAUUUAA